CGAGGCAUCUUCUUUUUCCCUUCAUUUACAGUUUGAGAACUCUGGUAGUUCUGGCCUUUUCGUUUUUCCGCUUCCUACACCUACCCAUCUUUCAUUUCAUCAUCUGCUUGCAGGUCAGAAGACUUUUGCCGUGUCUCACCAAACCCUCGAGCGUUUUGUCUUUCUUUCACUUCUGCCUAUCAUCAACAACUAUCCAGGUUGCUUUCACUUAGCUUGCUUGUAGUCAACAGUAUCCCGCAUCCCCGGGCCUUUUAUUCCCUGUUACAUCAUUCAUUCCCUCUUGAUUAGUAGUGGAACGGAACCUUCGACGGCGUCGACCUACCCGACCCUCCCGGACGGACUUAACGCAACACCCACCUCGGCUCGACACGACCUCCUAAAAUAACCCCAGCGGUCAGUACCACCACGCCUGCCACCAUUUUCGGUCCGUCGGAGAAACCGCUGUCAUGUCCGGCCUCGUCACUUCACCCACCGCCCUCCACCCCGCCCUCAGCGAUAAUACUAAACCCCACUCUCCGCUACGCCAGUCCCUGCUGUCCGACUCGGAGACACAGGUGCACGACCAAGAGGAUACGCCGCAUGCCGCCCAGCUUGCCCGUGUUCACGAAACAACUCACUCACCCCAGGGCCACCGCCGCAACGCCCCUUCUCACGAGGUCCCGCGCCAGACCAUCAUGAAAGCUCUGGCCUCAUCUGUCUCCCGUCACAACAAACCCGAGGCCCUUUCACUCACCGGCAUGCUCUCCGCUCAUGACACUCACGAUAGCCGCCCCGAUAAGAACUGCUCCUCGCAACAGCUUGCUGACGCCCUCAACGACCUUGCCAAUCAAGCCAUGACGCCCACCACCGCCCUGCCGACAUUGCAGUCACCAUGCUUCUACCACAACCGCUUCAACGAUGCCGUCGAUAUCGACAAGGUGCUUGAGGAGAUCAAGAAUGAUGACUCCAUGUCGCACUCUCGACUGGUUCAGACAGCCACUGGUGUCCGUGAAGUUGCCAAGCAGCUUCAGCGCCGUCCAAUCAAGCGCCACGUCCGUAAUGUCAUGAUUGUCACCAAAGCCCGCGACAACCAGCUAGUCUACCUGACCCGCGAACUCGCUUUAUGGCUCCUGCGUACCCCGCGUUACGGUUCGGAUAUUGGUGUGAACGUCUACGUUGAUGCCAAACUGCGUAAUUCGAAACGAUUCGACUCCCGCAGUAUCACUGGCGAGAAUGCCCGGUUCCAGCACAUGUUGAAGUACUGGACCCCGGACCUCUGCUGGACGCAACCAGAGAAGUUUGACCUCGUCCUCACCCUCGGCGGCGACGGCACCGUACUUUUCACGUCGUGGCUGUUCCAGCGCAUUGUCCCCCCCGUUCUCUCCUUCAGCCUAGGCAGCCUAGGCUUCCUGACGAACUUCGAGUUCGAGAAGUAUACGCAGCACCUGGGUCGCAUCAUGGGAGAUGAGGGCAUGCGUGUUAACUUGCGUAUGCGUUUCACAUGUACUGUGUAUCGCAGCGGCGUCAAUGGGCAGGGUCCUCAGGAGGGCGAGCAAUUCGAGGUCCUCAACGAGCUUGUGAUCGACCGCGGCCCAUCACCCUACGUCUCCAACCUCGAGCUCUAUGGCGAUGACGAACUCCUCACUGUCGUGCAGGCUGAUGGCUGCAUCUUUUCGACGCCGACUGGUUCCACUGCCUAUUCCCUCUCCGCAGGCGGCUCUCUCGUGCAUCCCGAUAUCCCCGCUAUCCUGCUCACCCCCAUCUGCCCUCACACCCUGUCUUUCCGCCCAAUGGUUCUUUCCGACACCAUGGCCCUACGGGUCUCUGUGCCCCGAAACUCCCGCGCCACAGCUUACUGUGCCUUCGACGGCAAGGGCCGUGUAGAGCUGAAGCAAGGUGACUAUGUCACAAUCACGGCCUCGCAGUACCCCCUGCCCACGGUCGUCCGCAGUCAGACCGAGUGGUUCGACAGCGUAUCCCGCACGCUACGCUGGAACACCCGAGCCGCUACGCAAAAGGGCUUCGAUUCGGGCGACGCUACGGGAACAGGCACGCCGAAUGAAGAGAUCAAGGAUGAAGCCGAGCCCGAAUGGGACAUUGAUACGGACUCGGCCUGUUAUGCCAGCGAGGAUGGCAGCAUCAGCACAAGCCCGCUGAGACGACAGAUGAGCCUGCUAGGCAUGUGA